UUUGUUAAAGUGCAGGAUGAAUUGGUAGUUCAGCAAGCAUUUAGAAGUGUGAAUCAUACUUUGCUCUUAAAAGUCGGAUUUCUGAUGCAAUAUUCGUUAAUAAGACGUGAAUGCACUGUAUAAGUAGUACCAGAGGAUUGAGACCCGCGUGAUGAAGGUGCCGAUCUGUAUUUAAAGGCCAAGGAAAUUAAUAAGUUUCAUCGAGGACGCCAAAGUGUUUAAAGCAACUUUCAAAAUGACUGAAGAAGACUCGGUAUUCGAUCCUACUUUGAAAAAGAAGAAGAAGAAGAAGAAAACUACUUUUGAUCUUGAUGCUGCAUUUAAUGAAGGUGGUAAUACUGGCGAUGCAAUGGAAGCUACCGGUGAUAAAGAAAAUCAGGAGCCUGAACCUCCUACGCCAGCUGAGGAUGAUGAAGCAUUGGAUUUAGAAAAUUUUGGAAGAAAAAAAAAGAAGAAGAAAAAAGCAUUUAAUUUAGAUGAACUUGAUGCGGCUCUGCCUGAUACAAAGAAAGAGGAUGUUGUUGAGCAACAAACAGAGGAAGUUGUUGUGGAUGAUACCUUUGACUUAGAUAUGGACUUCUCAAAAACUAAAAAGAAGAAAAAGAAAAAAAAAGAUCUUGAUGAGUUAGUAGCUGAGGAAGAACGUAAGGACAUUGAAGAUAAAGAAAAUGGCUGCACUGAAUCUGAGCGAAGUGCAGAGUAUGAAGAGACCAGUUGGGUUGGUUCAGAUAGAGAUUAUACAUAUGAUGAACUGCUGGUAAGAGUAUUUAAUAUUAUGAGAGAAAAGAACCCUGAUAUGGUUGCUGGUAAAAAGCAGAAGUUUGUCAUGCGUCCUCCUCAAGUAGUACGUAUAGGCACCAAAAAGACAUCUUUUGCUAAUUUUACAGAGAUAUGUAAAACACUUCAUAGGCAACCAAAACACUUACUGGACUUUUUACUUGCUGAAUUAGGAACUAGUGGUUCUGUUGAUGGAAACAGUCAACUUAUCAUUAAGGGCCGUUUCCAACAGAAACAAAUAGAAAAUGUUCUCAGGAGAUAUAUUAAAGAAUAUGUUACCUGCCACACCUGUCGUUCUCCAGAUACCAUUCUUCAAAAAGAUACUCGACUAUUUUUCUUACAGUGUGAAACUUGUGGCUCAAGAUGUUCAGUAGCUAGCAUAAAAUCUGGUUUCCAAGCCGUCACAGGAAAGCGUGCUGCUAUUCGAGCAAAAACUGCCUAAAAAAUUUGUCAUAUGUCAUGUUUAUCAAUUUUGUAGCAUAAUUUUGAAAUUAUCAGAGAUUUCUUGUGUCAGAACGCAGUUUUUACUAUAUCUAUUAUCUGAACACUCAUUUUUUACUUAUGAAAACUGAGGAUUGUCAAGAUAAAAAAGAAUAAUUGUAAAAUUUACAGCACAACACUUUUUAUCAAUUCGCAACAGACAAAAAGAAAUUAUACAAAGUACUGUUUCUGAACAAAUUUUUUCAAGUCCCCCAACUAUUUUUAAUAUUUUUAUCUUACUUUUGAUUUUAAAAUCUUUAAUAUAUUGUUUCCUCCUGGAAUGCAUAUAUAAAAUCAUAUAAUUUGAUAGAAUUUUAUUUUUUUUUUACGCAUUUCAUUCCUUUCGUAAUGACCGAUGCGUAUUAAACACUUUCGAAAAGGCAUAUAAUUGAAUUGAACACACUAUUUAAAUAGCAUGGAUAAAACAGUCACACGAUAAUACGUAAUGCAUUAUCCAUUUGUCUACCAUUGUGACAUCAACAUCCUGUAUAAAGAACGAUUAGGUAUAAAAUGGUAUAGAUUACCAGUUGUUAACGAUAGAUUUAAGCUGGUAACAAUUUGUUAUAUCAUUUUCUGUAUACAAGAAAAUUGUAACAUUAAAUUCAAGUACAUUAUUACGCAUGGCCAAAAGUAUUAUUCCUGAUAUCUUUUCAUGAGAAGUGUUGCAAUAAAAUGCAGUGAUUUUUUUAAAGCGAUCAAUGGCUAUCUUUCUUAGCUAAUUUAUUCAAUUGUAUUUACUAGGUAAUAAAUCUAUCUUAAGAAACUUCA